UCUGAUUAAUAUCUCAAUCCAUUAUUCCGUCCCUCAAUUUGAGUGUGGAACACCACACCAGAUUAUCUAAUCCUCACCACUUCAAUUUCUCAUUACUCAGCCAACUUAUACAAAUUAUAGUCUAAUUAUACUUUAAAUCUUCCAAUGUUCCCUGUCCUGUGCCUAAGUUCUCCCAGAACUACACCAGCACCAGGUAUUGGUAAAGAAAGUAAUACAAACCCAAAGCAUAUUGGAGUCAAUUAUGUGUUUCAAGGCCCUAUUGCUACCAAAUAUCGCUUUGUCAUUGCAAAGGCUGCAAAAGGCAACCAAAACACCAACCGAAAUACAAAACCGAAUAGUGUGAUUUGUGCUGAUUGUGAUGGAAAUGGAGCUGUUCUAUGCUCUCAAUGCAAAGGCAGUGGGGUGAACUCUGUUGAUAUUUUCAAUGGACAGUUUAAAGCCGGUGACACGUGCUGGCUUUGCGGAGGCAGGAAGGAGAUGUUAUGCGGGAAUUGCAAUGGAACAGGCUUUGUUGGUGGCUUCUUGAGCACUUAUGAUCAGUAGGAUAAAAAGUCCUUGUAGCCAUAUGGAGGCUCACACACACAUGUAUAUUGUGUCUCUUUAAAUACUUUCACUAUGUUGAUUUUAUAUUUGGAAAUUCUUAGUUCACUUGUAGACAUAGUGCCAUAGUGGUUGUUUAAAAAUGAAUAAAUCAACAAACAGAAAUAUGUAGUAACAUAUUUGCCCCCA